CGUGACACUUGUCGCUGACCGUGCCUAUAUAAAUGCAAACUCCAGCCUUGCUUUGAAGAAGUCCUAAAAGUAAUAACUUGAUAGGCAGCAACUGGAAGACAGACGCGCCUCGCAAAGUUCAAAAACCAUCCAAGGAUUUACCAAUUACGCACAGAUUCUCCUCGCCACUUUUUGACAUGAAGCUCAAUUUUCUCGUCACCACGGUGGCUCUGCUCGUUGCCUUUCCACCGCCGUAUGAAUGUAGAGCCAUCGAGAGCAGCUCCAAUCAGCCAGCCACGGACCCCGAUGGAGAGCGGCAGUCUCCGCCGGUUUUGGCACGCUUGGGGGAGGAGUACUUCAUCCGGCUCGGCAACAGAAACCCGACUUCUCCCCGAUCUUCAGCCGACAGCUUCCCCGAGACAUCCCAAUAUCCCAAAAGAGCGCUGCAGCUCCAGUUAACGCAGCGUCUGUUGGAGGGGAAAGUUGGAAACAUCGGCCGCUUGGAUGGCAAUUACGCGCUCCGGGCGCUCGACUCAAUGGAGAGAGAGCGCAGGUCGGAGGAGCCGCCGAUUUCCCUGGAUCUGACCUUUCAUCUGCUACGAGAAGUACUGGAGAUGGCCAGAGCCGAGCAAAUGGCCCAGCAAGCUCACAGCAACCGCAAAAUGAUGGAAAUAUUCGGGAAGUAACCACGAGCGAACCCAUCAGCCAAAGAUAUUUUUACAUUUAGCACAAACAUGAAUACUCUGUACCAUAGUGCUGCUUUUCCAUCAUGAUCUAUUUAUACCGGUGACUUACUUUAUUUGUAGAUAUCUCAACGAAGGCGAAUAGAGUGCAGUAGGUGUAUAUGAAUCAAAGUGUUCAGAAGCGCAACACUGUCAUCACUUUCCAUCGAUGUUAUUGUAUAAGUGAUCAUUCAGAACUGUAGAUGAAAAACGUUUGGGUUUCCUUUAAAAAAUAAAAAGACAAUAUUUUCCAGUACUGUAUUAUUUUAUCUGACAGACUUGAGUCUCAUUGUAACAUACAGUACAUUGUUUAAGUUUGUUAAUAAACUAAUGAGCAACCAUUAAUUUUUGU